AUUCCAACAUAUCAAAAGCAAUGAAAUAUUUUUCAGUAUUUGAAAUAUUGUAUGACAUGUUUGUUUUGGCAACACUGUAAAAUUUUUCAAUUAAUCUAUAAUUUUUCCUUGGAUUGUUGCAAUAAAGAGCAAAAGCGGUGUUUUAAUAAAAUAUUGAACGAUUUCUUCAGAAAUACUUCAUAAAUUAUAUUUUUUUACAAUCUAUAAUUAAAACAACCAUACAGGGUAAUGGAAAAAGUUGAUACAAAUUCACAAGGAAACUUGCCUACAGCUGAAUCAACUCAGCCAAUACCAUCUGCGAACAGUAACGCCAGUAAUCCUACCGCCGCAUCGCAAUGUAAAAAGAAUCGCAGCGAUUUAAAUGCAUUACCAACGCGCCAAUACUUGGAUCAAACUGUGGCACCUAUUUUGCUGCAUGCAUUACAAACUCUGGCACGGGAGCGUCCAGCAGAUCCUAUCAAUUUUUUAGCUGCUUAUCUAUUGAAAAAUAAGAAUCGCUGUGAGGAGGCUAUACCGGAAAAUGUGUAAAUGUGUAGUGUGCUUGGA